AUGAGGAGAGGUGGUUUUAUCAAUCUUGUUGUUCUAGGGGGUGAUUUUAGACAGAUUCUACCAGUUAUCCCUAAGGGUACUAGAGCUGAGAUUGUGAUGUCUACCAUUAACUCAUCUAGAUUGUGGAGAUUUUGUAAGGUGCUCACAUUGACUGAAAACAUGCGUUUGCUUGGUAACUUGAGUGAUCACGAAAUUGAGGAGGUUAAAUCAUUUGCGAAAUGGGUAUUAGAUGUUGGAGAUGGAAAUUUAGGAGCCUAUAAUGAUGGUGAAUCUAUGAUAAAAGUAACAGAUGAAACAUUGAUUCAACAGUCUUUGAAUCCUAUUUGUGAAAUUGUUCAGACCAUGUAUCCCAAUAUUCUUCAAGAGAUUGGAUGUGCUGAUUAUUUUCAAGACAAGGCUAUACUUGCUCCAACAUUGGAUGCAGUUGAUAUGGUUGAUAAAUAUGUGUUGUCACAAUUACCUGCUCAGAAGAUGACAUAUUUAAGCUCUGAUUCAAUAUGGGGUGUUGAUGAAGAGGUUGGUGUUGAAGCUGGAUGGGUUACAACCGAAUUCCUAAAUGAUAUCAAGUGCUCUGGUAUUCCGGACCAUAAGUUGGUUUUGAAGAUGGGUUCUUCUGUUGUGCUCAUGCGAAAUCUAGAUAUUUCCACUGGAUUGUGCAAUGGAACUAGGCUUAUUGUUACACAUCUUUGUCCAAAUUUUGUUGGAUGUAUUGUCGUAACGGACACACAUGCAAGUAGACAGACCAUGCCAAUUAGGUUCCAAAGAAGGCAAUUUCCUCUUAUUUUGUCAUUUGCUAUGACUAUUAAUAAGAGCCAAGGGCAAACACUGUCAAGUGUUGGUGUGUAUUUAUCAAGUCCUGUUUUUUCACAUGGCCAAUUGUAUGUUGCUGUUUCUCGUGUGAAGACGAAAUCAGGUCUGAAGAUUCUAAUAUGCAAUGAGGAUGUUACGCAACGAGAUGUAACAAAAAAUGGUUUUUCAAAGAAUCUACAAUUGAUUAUUGUUAAAAAUUUAGAUGUGUCUGAUUUUUGUUUUGGUUGA